AUGAAGCUGACCGAGGUGUUACAAAAUACUCCCACUUCAUCUGCAGAUUCAACUGAAAUUUGUAUAUCUCCUAAAAAAGCACUUUUCCCUGCCUACGCCCUCGUCUUGGCAGUUUCUGAAUCCAAGGCAGGACACCUAAACCUCUUUCCAAAUCUAGUCAUUGAUUCCUUCUCGACCACUAAUAAUGGAUUACCACAUCUAAGCUUCCACCACGGAAUUGAUUCACGUUAUGAUUGUCUUUGCACUGAACAUUUUGCAAAACAACAACAACAACAAACAUAUGAACCUGUUUCUGCCAAGAAUUUCUUCACGUCAUUGAUGGAUCUACUUUACCUCCACCGUCUGAAACCAAUCCCAAUAUCAACCAUUUUCUGCCAAUUCCGACUGACAAACAGAGGUCAUGAAACGAUGACAUUAGAGAUACGAAGGCUACCCGACGUCGGUCGAUUUCAAGCGCAGCGAGCGACCCGUUUGCCUGCAGCUCAAGACCCCCGACGCAAGCGGCGGGGAUCGCUGUCAGACGGAUCGGCUGCGCCAACAGGAAGGCCACAGAGAUUGGCUGCUAAUGACUCUGCAAAUACAGAACAGGAGGCCUUGUGCUACCAAUUUAACCGCAAAACGUUGGCUCAUCGUGGAUUAACAUGUGUGGAACAAACAACGAGAAACUCCCCAAUGGUUCCAGUAGACUCUCGUUGCAUCACUUCCACAUUAGCUUCUUUCCUCGGCGCGGUAUUGGCACCACUGAGACUGCAAGAAUCACGAGGGCAAGCUUUACGUAAAGCGCUACGUGUCUGUCGUCGGCAAUUUGUUCUCGACUUAUGA